AUGCUGUCCUUAGCGUUUUUGUUAUUAUGUGUCCCAGUCUGGACUCUGGAACUUGCAAAUGGCUUCCUUAAUAUUGACGGCGCAGCCGUUUCUUUUGAAGGUUCUCCAAUUGAGUUGGAACCUACAAGCAAAUCCAUUGAAAUCCAGUUUGAUAUUCUAGACGAGGGUAAAAAGCUGAAAAGCCCUCCCCAACAAGUGAGCAUCAUAUUCACAGCGGAUAAUGUUGACUCCUACUACUACCCGAAAAUCAAAGAUUCUCAGGCAAAGCUGAGCCUCCCAUUGGGCAAACUCUCCAAAUAUAUUAAACAUAGUCCCGAAAUUGAUGUUAGCGUUUUGAUUGGAGAUAACGUCAAGGAAAACAACCUGUUCCAAAAGGUUGGACAAAUACACUCACACUUACGCUCUGUGCCCAAGCCUGAGCGCUUUGGCAGCAAGCCAGAGAUAAUACAUCAAUUUAAGAGUCCGCAAAGUCACGUCAACCCAAUCAUCUCUAUUAUUUUCAUAGGUGGUGUUGUUGCUUUGCUGGCGGCGCUGUUCAUCACGUGGAACCAGCUUGAUGCAAUGAACUUUAACAACAUUGGAAAACUGCCUUGUGGAUAUACUGUCCAGUUCUUUGUGUGUUUGGCAUUGCUCGAAAACAUCUUCAUCCACUACUUCUUAAGCGCAUCAAUAUUUACUACCAUCUACAGAACCCUGAUAGUGGCCCCUGUGGGUGUCUAUGUUGGCUCCAAAGUCCUGAGAGAGCUGCAUCAGCUUCGCCAAGCAGGCAAAAGAUGA